AUUUGCUUCAUAUCUAUGUAUUUUGAAGUGUAUUGCAAAGUCCUAAUCAGAGUAUCAUGUUGUAUUUGUUUGUAUUAUUGAAACAGCUGUCUACCUCUGCCAAGACAGUCAUUUCAGACAUAGCAUAGUUUCCUCUUAUAGCGCUCUGCCCUUGUCCCAGGGACUGGAAUUUGAACUAGGUUAAUGAGAGGUGAGAGGCUGCAAUAAAUAAUACCCUUCAAGUUACUCCUUUUAAAUUGUGUUUUGCAGAUAAUCCAGGCGAUAAACUUGUGACAGUGAAAUUUGUCCAAGACACAUCCAAGUACUGGUACAAGCCAGAUAUUUCGCGAGAACAAGCCAUUGCCAUGUUGAAGGACAAGGAGCCUGGGUCAUUCAUCGUGCGAGACAGCCACUCCUUCCGCGGCGCCUACGGCCUGGCCAUGAAGGUGGCCACUCCCCCGCCUUCAGUCUUGCAGAUGAACAAGAAAGCUGGAGAUUUGGCCAAUGAACUCGUCCGGCACUUUUUGAUUGAGUGUACCCCAAAGGGAGUGCGGUUGAAAGGGUGCCCAAAUGAACCGUACUUUGGGAGUCUGACCGCUCUGGUGUAUCAACAUUCAAUCACCCCCUUGGCUUUGCCCUGCAAGCUGCUCAUUCCAGACAGAGAUCCAUUGGAGGAAAUGGCAGAAAAUUCUCCCCAAACAGCUGCCAACUCAGCAGCUGAGCUGUUGAAGCAGGGGGCAGCCUGCAACGUGUGGUACCUGAACUCUGUGGAAAUGGAGUCCCUCACAGGCCACCAAGCAGUGCAGAAGGCCUUAAGCAUCACCUUGGUCCAGGAGCCUCCUCCCAUCUCCACGGUCGUCCACUUUAAGGUGUCUGCCCAGGGCAUCACACUGACGGACAAUCAGAGGAAGCUCUUCUUCAGGAGGCACUACCCUGUUAACAACGUGAUCUUCUGUGCUUUGGAUCCACAAGACAGGAAGUGGAUGAAAGACGGCCCUUGCUCAAAGGUCUUUGGGUUUGUGGCCCGAAAGCAAGGCAGCACCACGGACAACGUGUGCCACCUGUUCGCAGAGCACGACCCUGAGCAGCCGGCCAGUGCCAUUGUGAACUUUGUAUCAAAGGUCAUGAUCGGGUCCCCAAAGAAGAUCUGACAGUCCUGCACAACACAGGCCCACAGGAAGCCUUCAAGGACCUUGAGACAUCAUGGGAUUGGGAUGGGGCCACCACUUUGUAGCAAACUGACAUCCCGACAUUCCCAGUCCAGGAGGGAAAAGUGGAUCUUCCAACUUUACAAAAACAAGAACAGUCAACCUCACCAUUCAUUGGCCUUUCUUGACAGAAACUCCUCAUGUGACACAUUUCUGUAGCCAAGUGCUCCUUGGGUGAAAAAAGUUGGACAAAGAGUGCACCCAGCAGGGACCACAUUGGAAAGAAACAUGCAAGAAAACACCCCAGAGAAAGGGGUAGCAUCCCAUCCUUCCCAGUUUGCCAGCCUUUGUGGGGAGGGGUGGCCCACUCACUCCAGUGCACGGUGUGACAGCUGCGCGGUAUGACCGCUGCACAGCCUGUCCUCAUAGGUUCCUGGCUGGUCGAUGUGUGGUGAUGCGGCCCUCAUCUCAGUCUUCCACAGCGGUGGAGAUGUUACCUGACCCAGAAGGGGAUGCAUGUUUGGUGAAGGUCAGUGCAGGUCAAGCCCUUUCAGAACAAUGAGAGGUCAUGAACGAGGCGACAGUGGGGUAUGGUGAGGAUGAGAGUGAUGGGAGCUUUUGGGCUCCAGUCUGAAAAGAGCACUGGGAUGCUUUAGAAACCAGUCCUCUGGUGGGUGAUGACUCACGCCUCCUGCUCUUGGGAAGGGGUUCUAAGUAAUGAGUGAAACAGUGAGAAGCCGUUUUGACCAGGAGAGGACAAAAGGAGAAGAUGGAAGUAAAACGCCAUUUCUGUGUAAUUUAUAUUUUCCUUAUGCCAAAUUAUUUAUGAUAUCAGUUUGCCAUUGCUGUAGUGUGUGUGUGUACAAACACUGCUGCCUGUCGCGCUUGGAUUUGAGGGGUUCAUCAUGAUGUAGAUGCUCUGCUAGUGCCUUGACACACAAAAUGGUGGUACAGGGACCGAUGGGGUGCUGUUAGAAGGCUCCAACAUACCAUGUUACCAAGAGCCCACUUCAACUCUUUACUCCUAUCUUUUCUCAUAUUUUUAGAUGACUUUCUUUUGGUGGGAAAGGUCCAGAAGGGGCGGGAAGUGACCAGUGAGAGCACAACCUUGCUUAGCACCUGCUUGCUAGGAGUCAUUUUAAGACCCAGUGUAGUAGUAUUGCAUGAAGUACUUCUCACCUUCGUAAGCUCUGGUAGGAGUCCUUCUCUUUAUACUGCUCCUUGCCAUGCAUGCUCCUUCCUCCCAGGGAUCCUAUGUGUUUAUGGCAUCCUUGAGCAGAAGGAGGAAAGGAGGAAGAGGAGAAAGUAAUUCUCAAUGUGUACAAGCUCUAUUUGAGUGUCACUUUCCCACAUCACCCUGGCCACUGGCUCAGUGUCAUUUUUGCUUGUAUGACUGUUCCGACGCAGUGGUUUUCCACCUGAAGGUGUCCAUGGUCACAGGUUUGGAGGAAGCAACUGAUCCUGGGACUUCUCCAGAGCGAGAGGUGGAGCUGGGCAAGGUUGUAACAAAGCCAUGGUCCCUUCCUCUUAAUGCCCAGUGUGCUCCAUGGUGACUGUUCAGAUUGGAAGCCAUUUUGAAUUUCUUGUCCUCCUCUGCUUUCUCAACUCAAGUGCAAGCUCUCAGAUCGCAGGUACCACAGCAACAGAUUAGGGUUUGAAAAUAGGCCUGGUGAAUUCUCUGUUUUAAAAUGAGGGGCAGAGAAAAUCAUAGCGAUGGACAGAGCUGGAAUCAUCUGAAUUCCAGCAGGCAUUGUACAUAGACGUCUGUAUAUAGAAAAGCAAGUGGAUGAUUCCACAUUUUAGCUCCUAUCGAUGCACCAAAGGCAAGUGCCUUGUUUCUGUGCCAAAUGUUUGCCUGGUCCUCAUGGACCCGCCUCCCUGACACGUCGGCAUGACCGUUACAGGGAGUGUGCUGGCCUGUCCUAGUGGCCUUGAUGUCUUCAGCAGAGGCAUCUCGCAUUUCACUGUUUUCCUCUACUGCAGGAAUCAGUCAAGGGGGAGGAGAGGUGUAUCCUCUCACCAAGUGGCUGCCUCAUACUGAGAGGGUUUGUACCCAAGUUUGACCCAAAGACCACAGGCCGGGCCCCUUCUCCUCUGAAGAAGGAAAAGAGGGCUUAUUUAAAAGUAAAAGCAGGAGAGGGAAGUGCUACUUACAGUUAUGGAGACAUCAGGGCCACCCACGAGAGUCUUUGUUCAGCUCCUUCAAGAAGCCACAAAAAUUUGCCUUUUAAACUUACUGGCCAGGUGUGGUUUGUUCUCACAUCGGUCAAGGGCAUCAGGGAAUUUGCUCCAAGCAAAGCGCUCCCUCUGAGGAACCGAAGGAAGCGCUGUCUGCAGGUUCUGACAGACUGGUACGACCGAGUUCUCUUCUGGUGUGCCCCAUGUGCAUGAAGAAAACAACUUGGUGCAGUCACAGACAACCAUGCAGUCACGGACGACUGUGCUGUGCCCCGGAGAUCCCAUGCACGCACCACCAGCUCCGGCUUUGGGCGCAUGCAACAAGAAACACUCCCGGGCAUCAUGCCUGUGGGGCCUCGCCUAGCACAGAUGUGCUGUCCUGGAGAGGGAAUGCCAGUGAGGUCCCAAGAACUGUUUGCAACAAAUAUCAUAGCCAGGGUCCUAUUAACCUACUCAUGAAAUGUAUUGUUGUAAUCCUCCAGUGUUAAACUUUAACCGUGUUAAAACUCACGCUGCAUUAAAGAAUUUCUUGUGUAUCCUCAGUGUCAAAGACCUUGUAAUGUCUCCUUAGCAGCCUUACUUGUUAUUGAAUAUUUUUACCUUUUCUGAUACUGUAAAGAGUAUAUCCAGUAUGUAAAUGAAUGUUCUAUAAAUCCUUUGUAUAGUCAUUUGCUCUGCUCUUUAAAUAUCAUCUCUAUUCAGAGUAUAAUAAAAUUAUGAACUUGGUAAGCCUCAGUGAACUGGUGUUUGUUUUUUGGGGUAGAUAGUCGUGCCCCUACUAAAUGAUUAAAGCACUCGUGUGUGUCUGCGUCUGUGUGGCUGUUCCUGUGUGUGUGUUCCCGUGUGUGUGCCUGUAUCUUGUGUGUUUAUUUGGGAGGUUAACGGGGGUUGUUCAUUGGUCAGUGGAUUCAGUUAUAAAUCCACAUAGGGUUUGCCUUCAGGAAUAUAUUUUAAUAUUU